UAGGGGAGGUGCCACUGACUCUAGGAGCUGAGGAUUGGGCUGUGUGGUUGGGGAGUAGGGAGAUGGAGAGGCAGGGAGGCCCGUGUUCACCAUGGGAUGACACAGGAGAAAAGACCGGUCAGCUCUCCGUCUUCCCAAUUCCCUCCAUUAAAGUUGGCAAGAAAAGCCUUUAAUUGUAUUGCAAUGGUUAUGGAUUUGGAAAUGGUUUUUCCCUUGGUGUGUGUUCUUUUUCCUCAGAUUGGAAAGGAUCGGGCACUGAACUUUGACCCCUGCUGCAUCAGCUACUUUACUAAAGGGGAGUACAUUUUGCUGGGGGGUUCAGACAAACAAGUAUCUCUUUUCACCAAGGAUGGAGUGCAGCUUGGGACUGUUGGGGAGCAGAACUCCUGGGUGUGGACGUGUCAAGUGAAACCAGAUUCCAACUAUGUGGUGGUCGGCUGCCAGGACGGCACCAUUUCCUUCUACCAGCUUAUUUUCAGCACAGUCCAUGGGCUCUACAAGGACCGCUAUGCCUACAGGGAUAGCAUGACUGACGUCAUUGUGCAGCACCUGAUUACUGAGCAGAAAGGUGAGAAGCAGGUCUAGACCUUGGGAAGAGGGACAGGUGGAAGCAGGUGGAAAGGGCUACUGACAGGGCACUUGAAAUGACAGGAAAGGUUUCUCCUUGGCCUUUUGAAAACAUGUUAGCCACUGGGUCUGUGUCUUGGGUUUUUUUUUGUUUUUUUUUUUG